GUCUUCUAGCUGCUGGCGGUAUAUAUCUAUUUCGGAGGUUAUAUCUUUCUCUUGUAUAAAUUGCGGGUACAACUCCAUCGAGCAAACAUCUUUGCAAUGCCAGCCCUCUCGAUUCCCGAACUUUUCCAGCUGCUUAUCCUUACAUUGUCCUCGACUUCUCUUGCACGGCUUCCUCUGGUCUUGGUGAUCUUUGUCUUCAUCGGCGUCGUCGGAUAUACCCUCGUCUAUCCCUAUCUUGGACCCUACUCUCCGGCGGAUGUCAGGGAGAAGACCGAAAAAAUGAUGGAGGAUGCCAAGGCUACAUAUGAUGUGCUGAAGCGCGAGCACCUCUCUCAAACAUCCGACGAAGAAGAGCACCGUAGACACAGCGCCGCUUAUGAUGCUCUGUUUCAGCGACAUCUCAGUGAUCUCUAUGAUGAGCAUGCGCUUUUCCUCCAUCCUAUGCAUUCCUUCCGUUUCUGGUGGGACGCAGGCAUAUGGAGGUCUGACAUCGGUAGCUGGGUCAACCAAAUGAAAAUAGCCAUCAAGAAGAAACAACUGUCGCGGUCCGCAAGCUCCCCUGGCUUAGGGUCGAGAGCAAGAUCAACGAACACCCUGACCAACUCAGAUUCCAACAUAUCUACAUCCGCAUCGAGCGUCAGCGCCGGUGAUGUUAUGCCGAGCGUUAACUUUGGUGGUGAGACCUACCUUCUAUCGUUAGUGCAAAGUCCAAGCAGUAGUAAUCGAGGCGGUAGCUCAGCUCCAUCAAGUGAGGAGGAUAUCACCAACUCCGUUUAA